UGACGCAUAGAAAAUAUUUUCCCAUUGAAGGUACAAUUAUUGAUUCAAACGUUAUUAUUGCAAUUUCCUAACAUCUAUACGUGUUAUGAAUAGGGGUUUGGGUGACCGGUAUUCUCCAACAGAGUGACGGCGUCGAUGUGUAGUGCGCGUGUGUGUGUGCGUGUGUGAAGGUGUGUUGCGCGAGUGUGCGCGCGCGCAGGGGCGUGGCAUGCGCAGGGAGGGCGAGCGGGGCCCGCCCCGCUAGCGACAUGCGCGCACGCGACGCCGCGCACCUCGUGUUGCUGCUGCUGGCGCAUCUCAUACCGCCAGGCGCAUGCGACGUAGCGGGCGGCGCGGGGUCUGUGAACGCGCUGCCGGCGGGCGGCGCGGGCGCAGGCGCGCGACUAGCGCCGUCCUUCGACGCGGCCACUCCGCGCAACGUGACCGCGCUCGUCGGCAAGUCCGCCUACCUCAGCUGCCGCGUCAGGAACCUCGGCAACAGAACGGUGUCAUGGAUCCGGCACCGCGACCUGCACAUCCUGACGGUGGGCGGCUACACGUACACGUCGGACCAGCGCUUCCAGGCCACGCACUCGCCGCAGACGGACGACUGGACGCUGCACAUCAAGUGGGCGCAGCAGCGCGACGCCGGCGUCUACGAGUGCCAGGUCUCCACGCAGCCUGUGCGCUCCUUCUUCGUCACGCUGCACGUAGUCGAUUGCGACGAGAUCUACCAGCGGAUGUUUUCCGACCAAGUGCCGUCGGCGCGCAUCCUGGGCGGGCCGGACCUGCACGUGGACAUGGGCUCCACCAUCAACCUCACCUGCCUCAUCCAGUUCUCACCCGAACCGCCCGCCUACAUAUUCUGGUACCACGAGGACGAGGUGAGCGGACGCAAACAGGUGAUAUCGUACGACUCGUCGCGCGGCGGCGUGUCCGUGGUGACGGAGAAGGGCGCGGCCACCACCUCGUACCUGCUGGUGCAGGACGCCGCGCCCGCCGACUCCGGCCGCUACUCCUGCUCGCCCUCCAACGCCGAGGUGGCCUCCGUGCGCGUGCACGUGCUCAACGGCGAGCGGCCGGCGGCCAUGCAGACGGGCAGCGCGGGGCUGUCGAACAGCUCGUGCUGCAUCGCGGCGCUGCUGGCGGCGUGCGUGCUGCACGCGCGGCUGCUGCGCGCGCAGCUCGCCAGCUGAUCGCCGGCCGAGUAGUGCGCGCCGCGAGUGCCCGGACACACCUGACUCUCAUGACGCACAAGCGAACGCGACUCACUCGCACAAUCAUUAUUUUAACGCGGAAACUUAGUUUUCGAAUAGUUAAGUCAAUAACAAAAUGUUUAAGUAAUUGUCGUUAAGAUUUUUAUGAGAAGCAAAGAAUUCGUAGCGUCGAAACUCUGUGAUUCAAGUUCACUCACUGUCGAUACCAAGCUCGAGAUAAUACAAUUACUAGAGUACCCCCGCGAGCGUGACAAAUUUUAAUGAAUUGAACUCUUCAAAUUAUAUUAUAGCGUUUGUUGCUACAAAACAAUGUAAAUAUAUUUAUUGUUUUAAUAAUGUAAAGAUAUAUAUGGUGUUUUAUUGGUCGUAAGUGGAAGUACUGUCGUAUAUAAGCGUCGUCUAGUAAAAUUGAAGCUGUGCUGUACUGCGCGGCGCGGCGCAGCGCGGGCGUGCUGCGGGCGCGGCGCGGCGCGGGCCUGCUGCCGGUGGAUGAAGAUCGUCGAUACGAAUACAUUUGAAUCAUGUAACUUGUUGGAUAUCAUGUGUCCCAACAAUCAAUUAAUUCUUAAUUUAUUAGUAAAAAAUAAAAUAUAACGAAUAUAAUAUAUGAGAUUUGAGAUCCAUAUAUUUCGCUAUAUCUUAAAAUAUUACUUUAACAAUGAGUUUACUUUACUAAUUAUUUUAAACUUUAUGCAAAUAUUAAAUUAUAAAAUAUAAUUUCGCUGUUUAAAGGAAAGCAUCGUCUUUAUUUGCAAAACUGUUUAUAAGUGUGGGAUCCUUGGUCAGAUACGUUAAGAUACGAUGAGACGCUGUCAAAUAUUUCACAACUGAGUUCAAAACAUUUACAUGAAAACUUUCAAUACAACUUUUCAAUACACGGUCACCAUAACGCAAUUUAGUUGUGCUGGCUUACCAGAGUAUUUCAAACUAUACAGUUUUUGCCACACAACUGCUGGUUUACCAGCACAGUUACAGCGUAUUGCUAACUGAAGGGUAACGGCUCCCACACUUAUUGAUAGUUCUGUUUUAAGUAGUAAUAAUACGUAUGUUUAAGUAAUUCACGUAACGUUGGCUGUCAGCCGACGCACACGAUGCGGUGUGCAGCGAACACAUCCACAGUCUCGUGUACUAUAUAGGAAUAAUUCGAUACUAUCUAACACUAGACGUACUCGUCGACGUGAGGCAGCUCGCGCGUCCUGCGCUCAACAGUCACUGGUAGCCAAUAUCCAAAUAUAUUACAUUAUAUAAACCACUUUUAAUCGCGUUAAACUUUUAUGAGGCUAUUUUAUAAUAAUUCGUAAGACUGUGCCGGCCAGUUUGUUUAGGUCUCAAUAGGAAUCCAUUAAAAGCCAUGGUGAACCAAUUGUGAUGUCGUAAUUAUUAGUGUCUUCAUCUUGUUCACAAAACGUCUCUAUUAUUUACUUAGGCACGCUGCCACAGUAACGCGAGCGCGUGGACCGCGAGUGCUGCUUCGCCGCCGGCUAACUAUAAAUACACUAAAGUAACAUAUUAUAAACUGUUCUGACGUUUUUCAAACGUUUUAUGUUAAGUACCUACUGUAACGUAUAGCUAAUUGUAAAUUACGAACAUUCAGAAUAAAAUGUUUUUGUAUAGAAUAAAUUGUACAUACAAAAUAGAUACAAAGUUUUACAAUAAAAUUGAUCUAAGUAGAGAAAGGACACUACGAUUGUAUAAUAUGGAGACUAUAUGUAUGUAAAACAUAAAACUAUAUGUAUACAUAAACAGAAUAAGUUUGUUUUCAAAUAAAAUAUUUAAUAUUUAAGUAAGGGUCUAUUUCAUUUACAGACUUCUGAAAAUUUCCUCAAAUCUUAUUCCGCAGGACACUCGCCUUAUUUGGUUACAUCACACCAUUGAGAUUGUACCAAAAAUCACCCGUUUGCUAUCAACACCCGUAUCCUGAAACACAAAAUGAAUACCACACCUAUUAUCCAAAUUUUAGUGCACUUAUAUUUCUUACUUCUUAACGAUGUCAUAAUACCCUAUUCCGAUGUUCAUGAUAAUCAGUAAUUUCAUUUUUAAAUUAUCGUAAUUUAUUAAAACAAUAUUGGGCACUGACCAAAAUUAUAGAGCCAGUUUCGCAGAUAAACCUGGUAGUGAUCAUAUUCAUUAAAAUAAUAAAGAACAGAUUCUCAAGAAACCGUUUGAUACACGU